GGCAGCAGUACAUAAUGGCCAUGUCGGUCGUCCUGGUUGCUUUUUUUUCCCCCUCCCCCGUUGGAGUAUGGGGACGGCUUUUUGCAUGCGUACAUAGAAAGAGGAAAUUCCUCUUUUUGAAAUGUACUUCUUGUGCCAUGUAUUUGUGUUAUCAAGCUUGUAUAGAUACUUUGCAUGGGACGAUGCUACGCCAACUUUGAAGAGCCAUAUUGGAUUUUUAUGACCUCAUCUCUACCAGAACCAGCUUCCGCCACAUGAGCUACGCUGCAACCACGGCUUCGGCCCCCUUCCUCUUGUUUCUAGGCCUUUUGUUUGGUUACCGUUCAGCAAACAAAGGGAUGAAAAGGUAUAUAGGCCUGGGGGUGGGCAGCAACUAUACAUACCACAUACCCCCUAAUUUAUUGCAAAUAUCAGUUGGCUCCGUCACAUCACCAGGCCAGGUGUUGCUAUCGGUAGUAAGUCAACCUCGUCAGCUAAUCUAUAUACCUCCUGGCUCCCUCUGUCUUCUUCCCUGUAUUAUUCAAUCACCCCUCUCUCUUUUGCCCCCCUCCCAAAUCGGAAUCAUUCGGCAUAUCCGUCAAACUGAAGGGAACCUGAGUCGCCAGGUGCGGCUGCCAGCAGCAAACAUGAUGUCGGGACAGGGAUCGCAUUUUACGCAGGCGAAUACCGGGAAGAAAAAGAAGAAGACUAAGGGGAAGCAUCGCCUGGCGCCCGCAGCUUCUAAACCGGUUGCAAUUGAUGAGAGCAAGCCACAAGUGGCGUCCGCAAUUGCAGAUGCUCGUGCAUCCGGUGACGAGAAGGAGUCUGUCGAGAAGCCUCGUCCAUUGUCAUUCUCAAAAGGUCAUAAUGGAGCUGCGGCAACGAGCAGCAAUAUCCAUGCAAGGGGGCCUUCAGACCCAGCGAAUGUCUCGGGCGCGAGCGCAAAUCUCACCCAGGGACCACAUGGCCCUCCUUCUCCGACUUGGUCUGCAGAAGAUUCCAAACUUGGAGUUCACAAUGACCAUAAUGCAGCCUCCAGAGCAGCCGCCAACGCAGCCUUAUUUGGCAAGAGAACUUCACUCGUGGAGGAAGCACAGUCACAGCGGCCGUUGUCGAGCACACGAGCCACAGAGACGCCACGAAGAGAUUCCUCAACGCUGGGAGCCGCACAUCGCACGGAAAUGCCUAUCAUUGGCGCUUUUCCAGCCGAUGGAGAGGCGGAAACCGCUGACAGGGGCCCAGAUGCAAGUAUAGGCAACGAGGCUGUCGAGAAAGAGGAAGGGUAUAAUGCCGAAAACAAAUUGGAGGACAACGUUGCUGACACUGUUGUUGAGGUGGGCUCAGACUCAAAGCAACAGGCCGCUUCCGGAAUCAAGGAGAAAAGCGAGUGGGUCAAGGAAGAAACUGAGGAGAGUCCCGGGCACACGGCGCACAUCACUCGAAGACACUCUGAGGUGACUGAGUAUGUGCCUCCAACCGCAGAAGGGGGAGUUCCUGGGAAGCAUAUCGAGCGGAUUAUAGAGAAGGAUACCGUAGAGAAGGAGAUCAUCGAGAAACCGGUUGACACAGCGGCCUCAGAGGCACCGGCGCAAGAACAGGUACCAGAGCCGGCAGCGCCGAAGCCUAGCUACGCUGCUGUGGCUGCAAAGGUGUCAGAGCACCCCCCUGCUCCCAUUUCCCCUGUUGCCCCUGAGGCUCCGAUUCAGACUCAAGCUUCCGCUGUUCCUGCUGAACCUGCAGUGUCAACAGAAACAGCUCCCGCUCCAGCCCCCGCUGCCGCUCCAGUUCCUAUUCCUGCCCCUAUUCCGGUACCUUUAAUGAAGCAGGAAGAGCCCGGUACUGCAGAGAAGGCAAACCAGACGGAGCUCGCUGGAAAAGAGGAGGCGCCUCCAGCAACCACUGCACACGAAGUGCCUACGGCCGAAGAUUUAGGGGUUGCGGCGCCAGCAGUCCCAGCAAAGGCACCAGAUAGGCUCAUUACUACCGAACCCGUCAUCCCAGGCAAAGUUCCGGCGUUGGCAUCCUCGGAUGAACAGGUGAAAGCGGCGGUAGAAAGCUCUAGCACCGUCAAACCCCCAGCCAACAAGGAGUCUGUUCAGAAACGUGACGAGGCUCAAAUAUCCCGCCUCACCAGUCAGCAGAGGCGUGAGGUUGAGAAAGAAGAAAAAGCCCGGGAGAAGCAAAAGGCCAAAGAACAAAAGGCUCGGGAUAAGGAGUUCAAGAAAAGCCAGAAACACCUGAGAAAAGGGGCAAAGUCCGAACUACCGCCGGGCAACGGAGGAGCAAAGCGACUCCGUUUAAGGGAUAGGAUCAUGAACCGCAUAGCGAGGCUCUUAAGUUAAUAAAUAAUAUAAGAGUGAUGAUGCGGUUAUUAUGUUCCUAGCUCUGGUAGUUAUGUCCGUCAUGCUUUUCCCCCUUGUUUCAAGUUCUGCUCAUGCAAAUUCUUUCAGCCUGUAUAAUAAGUGGUCCACUGGUAGGAUAUGCGACUAGUUAUGUUCUCCUAGUCUUGAAUAUAAUGCACGGUUUCAUUUGUACUCCUUAUGGUACAUGGUAUAUUGGACUCUUUAUAUCUUAGCCUUGGAGACUGGGAACGAAAUUGAUGCUGCAGCUGAUAUUUGCCACAUCCAUGCUACAUGCCGUCUCAUUAUGAGAACAGAGCGCAUAGUUAUACGAGCGAGUUCGAAAGUGUGACUAUGCAGCCGAGCGCAGGGCGGAGCUGAUAAUCGCCCACUUCCAGUAUUAUUGUGGUUGUUGGUAUUGUUGGAUUUAAGCAUGUCGAGAGCGAGCAUUAUGGGCAGCUACCAGGACACGGCGUGUCAGGCAGCAUUGAGUAUAGAGCUGGGGUGUAUAGUCGCUGCCAUCACAUAUCAUAUAUCGAUGGAGUCUGAUUGUUAAUUCAGCCUUUCCGGUUCAGCUCAACCAUGGUUUGCGCCUAAUCAACGUGAAAAGAAAAAAGGUAGAUCCGUCAGUAUGUGGCACCUCCCCCCCUUUUUCCCUUUCAUUUUUACCAUGAUGACCGGGAAUUAUGACGGAGCCAGAUAAGCAGCCCCCCUGGUUUCCCGCACGGAGCAACAUCUAUACCUACCUUUAGGUACGUAUCUUAUCCCAUGUAACUUGCUAAUUAAGCACAGAGCAAGUGACCCCCACAGCAAACAAGGUUUAGACAGGCGGACGGCAGCGGCAAACCGAUGCCGUGGUAAGGGGGACUGC